UGUCAAAUUUGUUAAUGAGUAACUAUUCAUAAAUGAUUAUUUUUGAUGCAUGUAAUCUUGUAAUCGUAAGUACAAUAACAAAAAUAAAUAAAAUGUCCGAUGUGUACGUUUUUAAAAAGUUUAUAUUGUUACAAUUUUAAGAUGAUUACUUGUAUAUAGUAGAAGAAAAAGCUUAGUAGUUUCACAUUCAAUCUUUUGUGCCUUGCAUUAGACUAUUCUGUACAUGGAUUGGCUUCUGUUUAUAACAAGUGCAUUUUCAUGGUACUUAACAUGUGUAGUUACUCAGUCUCCAAAUUUUGAAUUUUUUAAAACUUCACCUGUUAAGUAUGUAUGUCAUGAUUUGGAGCUAACAAAGCGAGAAGGGAUCAUUUUCAGUCCAUUCUAUCCGAAUACUUAUCCGAGUCACUUAUCUUGUUCGUGGCUCAUCGAAGGAAAUGUUGGAGAUGUCAUCACCAUUCAGUUUGAUGACAUUGAUAUUGAGGAAAGCUGUUGCUGUGAAUCUCACCCAUGUUGCCUUAUGAAUUGGCUCAAAAUAGGACCUCUCGCAAAUGGAACUGAGCAGAAAUUUUGCGGUAAAGACAUUCUGCAUCACCAUUCCAUCAGAUCGAACGGUAAUAAAUUGUGGUUGAAGUUUCACGUCUCAGAAUUUUCCAAGGGAGGCAGAGGUUUUCGUUUGAACUAUGCAAUGGGCCUUAGUCACUGUUCCACUAAAGAGUUUAGGUGUGGGAAUUUCAAAUGUGUGCCUUCAAGUAUGCGAUGCAACGGUAUACCUGAAUGUGAAGAUGCAUCUGAUGAACAAAAUUGUUCCAAUCGCUGCCCAACCGGUAGAUCGUGCCGCUCUAUGCUGCACUGCUAUGAUGCAUCCAAACACUGUGACGGAAUUACUGAUUGUCCCGAUUUUAGUGAUGAAAUUGACUGUGGUUACUGUGCUCCUAACUAUGUGCGAUGCAGCCACAAUUCUACUGACUGUUACCAUCCUAUGAGGGAUAGGUGUGAUGGCAUUUUCCACUGUGUGAAUGGAGUGGAUGAGAUAGAUUGUUUCAGUAUGUGUCCAGGGAAGAUUGCUUGUGAUUCUAAAAGAGGAUGCUAUUCUUUACAGCAACGUUGUAAUGGUAUAACACAAUGUGAAGAUGCUUCUGAUGAAAAGAAUUGUGUGCCUGAGCUUUGUAACUAUGACCAUGGGGGAUUUCUGUGUGAUAAUCGUCGUUGCAUUGAGCAAGUCUGGACCUGUGAUAGAACUGAUGAUUGUGGAGAUGGAUCAGAUGAAAGAAAUUGCCUCAGAAAUGGAGUUCUUACUGCUGCCUUAAUGGGAUCCCUUAUAUGUGCUCUUUUGCUAGUCAUUGCUAUUAGUUGCACUUGUCGCCUGCACGCCUUGCGCAUGUUGGACAGUCGUAUCUUGAGCAGAGAGACACCAUUUUCUCGUCUAAGUAGAGAAUUCAUAUUCCGUGAGCCACCCCCUUCUUAUGCUGUUGCCGUGCAGAAUGACCCUCGUCGCAAUUUGUGCGUGGAAAACCUGCAAUCUGGCGUGCAGAUUUACCACAAUCGUCGACGAUCCCGAAGGCAUCGACACUCCAGAAGUUCACGUCGUCCCCAGGUACCUCCCAACGUCUCUCUAGAAGUGGCGGUCCCCGACCUGCCCCCGCAAGUGCCUGAUGUCGAAUUACUGGAUGACGUAUCUGUACUCGUGUCUGGUAGCAGUCAGCUUCAAGAUCUUCCUCAGACAUCGAAUACAGACAGAAAGUCGGAAAGCUCACUCAUAGACUCUAGAGUGUGCAGAGACGAUGCGAAUAAAAAUCACAAAACUGCAGAUGAGACUGUCACGUCUGUCCCCUGUUUAGUUCAGAUUGGGAACAAUGUUUGUGAGCAAUUAUCAAUAAACCAGGACCAAACACAGAGUAAUUUUUUAUACUGUGAUAGUGAUACAGAACCUCUUGUUGUUUGACUAACCUGACU